AUGGAGGCUGAGUACAUAGCAGCUUCUGAAGCUGCAAAAGAGGCGCUGAGGUUUUUCAUGAGCAACAACAUGACAGUGCAAGAUCUGAAGGUGCAGAACAGCCCCGAGUUCCACUUCCGGUUCGACAGCUGCCGCGGCGUGCUCGUGAGCGGCCUGUCCAUCAGCUCCCCGGCGCUGAGCCCCAACACCGACGGCAUCCACGUUGAGAACACCCAGGACGUCCUCAUCACCAACUCCGUCGUCUCCAACGGCGACGACUGCGUCUCCAUUGGCGCCGGCACCCUCAACGUCCACAUCGAGAACGUCACCUGCGGGCCCGGCCACGGCAUCAGCAUCGGGAGCCUGGGGAAGCCGGGGUCGUCGCUGGCGUGCGUGGCCAACGUGACGGUACGGAACGCGAUGAUCCGGCACUCGGACAACGGCCUGAGGAUCAAGACGUGGCAGGGCGGGUCCGGGUCCGUGUCGUCCGUGUCGUUCGAGAACGUGCGCAUGGACGCCGUGCGCAACCCCAUUAUCAUCGACCAGUACUACUGCCUCUCCCACAGCUGCGAGAACGCCACCACGGCCGUAUUCGUCUCCGGCGUGUCGUACGCGGGCAUCCGGGGCACCUACGACGUGCGCAGCCCGCCCAUCCACUUCGGGUGCAGCGAUGCCGUGCCGUCACUACUACAAAACUAUUACUAG